AUGACAGAAUUAAUAGAAGCCAUGACGAAAAGAUUCUCGCCAGAGGGCAAUGACUCAUCUCCUCAGUUGGAUGUAAUUGGAGUUUUAAGAGAAGCCAUCAAGCUUCCUUCCAAGAACAGAAAGCUUAUGGCCUCUGCCACUCUCCUUGUGCUUCUUCCAUACUUUAUCCUUGCUCUGCUUCAUUCCAUCAUAGCUGGGCCUUUAAUAGAAGUGGUUGAGGACAGUGAAGAUGAUUCUAGAGUCCAGAAAGAGUUUAAAGUAUUGAUAGGUGUGGAAUUAGCUUUCUUUGUGAUUUUCUGUGUCAUCUCCCUUUUUGGGAUUUCAGUUACCAUUUGCUCCUCUGCUCUGACUUACUUGGGGAAGAAUGUGAGUCUCAAGGAGUUGUUACUGAAUAUUCCAGUCACUUGGAAGAGACUCUUGAUCACAGCUCUUUAUGUUGGGCUAAUCACUGUUGCUUACGUUCUUCUGGUUCUGCUCUUCAUUGGUGCCUUCGCUCUAAUCUUCACAACUGGUAUCAUUGUUGCCUUGAGUGGCCUAGUGGGCUUCCCUGCUGCCUUAUUUUAUUUGUACAUGGCUGCUGUUUUUAUGUUGGGGCUUGUGAUUUCAGUUGUAGAAGAAGACUGUUAUGGAAUAAAAGCACUUGAGAGAGCUAUAGAUCUCAUCAGAGGAAGCAAGAUUCAAGGAUUCUGUAUUACAGUGCUUCUUGAGCUAUUAACCGGUCCGAUUUCUUUUUUGUUCAUUCUCAUUAUAUUUGAUGAUGAUUUAGAAUUCAUGAUUCAGAUGGCUUUUGUAUCUGUUGCGACUGUUGUCUUCUGCAUUUCAAGGCUUUUUGCCUUGGUGGUGUAUACUGUAUUUUACUAUGGAUGCAAGAAGAGUCAUGGAGAGAUAAAGUUUUAG